AUGAAUUCAAUAUAGGCGGCUAUUCCUACCAUCUUGGAGAAAACUCCUCAAGAGUUCUUCGAUAAGAGGCAGAGUUUUCUGAAAGACAAAGUGGAAUUUGGAUAUUCAAAGCUCAAGCACAUACCAACCCUCACCUGUUACAUGAAACCUGAAGCAUGCACUUUCUUAUGGACAAAGCUGGACCCAUUGGAUUUUGUAGACAUUGAAGACGAUCACGACUUCUGUAGGAAGCUUGCUAAGGAAGAAAACCUCGUUCCUUUACCUGGGAUUGCAUUUGGUCAGAAGAACUGGUUGAGGCAUUCUAUCGACAUGGAGACUCCGAGACUAGAAGAUGCAUUUGAAAGAUUGAAGAGCUUCUGUGAACGCCAUUCCAUUAUAGUUGAAGCUAAUGGCGUCAACUAAAGACUUCCGACUUCC